UCUCUUCCUUUUUUGCUCUAUCUUUCAAUAAUCUUCUCUACUUCCUCUGAAAAAAUGAAACUUUUGAUGCUCAUGAUCUUUCUUGUUCAUGUCGCGUCAACCCAAUGCGCGGCGAAGCCACCGGACGGCGAUUUGAUUGUGCGAAUAUGCAGGCAGACACCCUUUUACGAUCUCUGCAUCUCCUCUCUGAAAUCAAAGCCUCAGAGCUCCGGCGCAGACGUCACAGAACUAGCCCUCAUAAUGGUUGACGUGCUCAAGACCAAGGCCACCGAAACGCUCAACCAUAUUAACGGCCUUCUUCACGGAAACCCAAAGCUAAAGCAGCCGUUAAGGUCUUGCGCAGACAACUACAGAGCCGUUAUAGAGGGCGAUGUACCGGUGGCCGUUGAAGCUCUGCAGAAAGGGAAUCCUAAAUUUGCGGAACAGAGUGCAAAUGAUGCUGCCAACGAGGCUGGUUCAUGUGAAGACGGUUUCUCCGGUGACGGCUCUCCGCUGACUGAAAAGAACAAAGCUGUGCAUGAUGUCGCUGCUGUGGCUGCAGCCAUCGUCAGGAACUUGCUUUAAGCAUGAAGUUGUUGGAUUUUGUGUCUAGUUGUUCAUGGAUGUCAUGAUGAGAAUAAAGUACGUUAUGUUGUUGUAAGCUUUAUAUAUAUAUUGUAAUGUUAUAUUU